AUGCAUUGCCUUAACAUCGAGACUGGCACGGGGGGCAGAGACCUCACCGCCCGCUCCUUCCCGUCGAAUAGAAAGUCAAUUAGAUAUUCGAUUCGAAAAUGGGAACUACAGCAAGACUACCCUCCACUUAAUGUUGGGGCAAAGAAGGUGGUGUGGUCAUUGACCUCAAUGCUAAUGGUUAUCCCCAAGGUUCAACGAAUGAAUGAAGCUAUGAUCCGGAUAGAGAUGAUGGGUGGAAGAGAGAAGGAAAAAGAGCAAAGGAUUUACAAGUCUAAUAGGAGAAGAAUGGCUGACCCUAUGGAAUUAGCUGCCUUCGAUACUAGAAAAAUAACCCAAGCGCCCCCGGGGCGGACCCCCACCGAAAGGCGCUAG